CAACGUCCCCAUCCUCUUAGCGGGCAACAAUAAAAUUUUUUAACGUUGACUGGUUAAAUCCUGCAAUGCCUUGUACUGGUAGUACUGCCUUAAAUCCUGCCUUUUUUAAGGGCUUUAAAUGAUAAAAAUAUGUAUAUAUAUAUAUAUUUCUGAAAUUAUUAUUUAUUUAAUUUUCUAUGGUAAAAGAUGAAUCAGAAAAGGUCAAUUCUACAUACAGAAGUGGGGUGAGUGUGUUGGGUGGCGGCAACUGAAGAAUUGCUGUGAAGGGAAUAUUAUGUGUUGGAAUGACUGAGAAUCAUCAUUUAUUCUCCUUAUAUGCGCUCUCCUGAUAAUCAUUUGGAGUCAAGGUCCGAAUUUUAAGACUAUUUUCUGUUUUAACGAAUCAGUGUAACUGAAUAGAGGUGAUGGCGGACGAAUCUUUCGUCUGAACUUCAUCCAAUGUAAUCAACACAUUCUGUAUUAAUACGGUACAGCUUCGAUUAUCAGAGCAUCUUUCAUACCAAAAUCUCUGAAGUUUUUUUCUUUAUCCCUUUCUCUCUUCUCUUUUUCUUUUAUAUGUCCUUGCAUAAUUUUCUGUUCCUUUACUUUCAAUAAAUGCAUGGCUCUUCAUCUUCCAAAAUAGGAAAUGGAUGUAUCAUUCCUACAUAGAAGCAUUUUAUGAAUUUAGAGAAAAUAAAAACAUGGAUUCAUUGGCAUAACUGUUGACUGGACGAAUUUUUAUCGAUUAAGGGGAAGAAGAAAAUGAAGCCAUCGUCUGGUGGGGAUGAUCAUGGAAUCCCAUCGCCUUACUCUAUUGAUCGUCGCAUGUUUUACUCUGUGCUCUGCAGUCACGCAGAAAUGCUCCAUCAAAGAAACUCGAGCAGACUAUUUCUGUGUCUGCGAUGCUCUAGACGGCACAAACGGAUGGACCUACACUUGCAUAGACAACAUGAACUUGGAAGCUGCCUUCACUGUCAAGUACAUCGUGGGCCGCUCUGUGAUAUUCCAGUGCGGAAGCGAAGAACCUCACUACUCUCUCCUCCUCCAUCAACUGGAUUUGGAAGACAUAAAGACGUUCGCUUUCAAAUCUUGCCCCCUUCCAGCAGUGCCUUACGACGAAAUUCUUCCAUUCUAUGACCACUCCCCUGUGGAACAAAUUAAAGUGGAGAGAAUUAAAGGAAACGCUUCGUUCACGAAUGAAGUGUUUGGUAAUUUCACAGAAACAUUAAAAACCCUCAUACUCACCGACAACGGUAUCGAAAACAUUUCCGAAUCUCUCUUCAGCAAUUUCACGCAUUUGAAAUAUUUGUCGUUGUCAGACAAUAGAAUAAAGUCCCUUCAGAGCCGAGUGUUUGUGGGUUUGGAAAACUUGACAACUCUCGAAAUAACGAAUAACCUGCUCGAGAAACUUCCCUUUGAUGUCUUCCAGGACCAAACAUUGCUGGAGAAAUUGUAUCUUUACAAAAACAAACUGAGGGAACUGCCAGAUGAUCUCUUCAAAAACUUAAUCAACCUCAAGAUAUUGGACUUAGCUGAUAAUCAGCUAAUUUUACUCCCUAACCGUAUUUUUGAGACCCUUUCGAAUGUGGUAUCCAUUCGCUUGAGGGCCAACUGGUUGGGUACCGUACCUGAAGAUUUAUUCAGAAAUUGCACGAGGAUGCAAGUAAUUGAUCUCAGCAUCAAUAGAUUCAUGGAACCCCUGUCCGAAAACCUAUUCCACGGAUUGACUCAUCUUGAAAAUAUUAGCAUUCAUGACUGCAAUUUGACGCUCAUCCAGGAGGGUUUCUUUUCGCGCAAUCCGAAUCUGACUCACUUGAAUCUCGAAGAGAAUAGUAUAUCUAGUCUUCCCGGAAAAAUAUUCGGAAAUAAUUCCAAAUUGAAGGAACUAAAUGUGAAUUUUAAUUUACUCAAUUCUCUUCCAGUCGAUCUCUUUCCAAAUCAUCUGAAACUCGAAAAGGUGUCUUUAUUCAGAAAUAACAUAUCCUCUAUUCCAGACAGAUUAUUCAAGCGAGCCAGGAAUGUUCGAACGUUAGUUCUCGGUCGAAAUCGAAUACAGAACGCCAGCUACGCUGUAUUUCAAGAUCUACCCAACUUAGAAGAAUUGGAUUUAAGUGUGAACAAUUUAACCUAUUUCAAACUAGAUUUAAACGAGAAUCUCAAAAAGCUCGAUUUGUCUUACAACAAUCUCUCUAAAAUGCCUGCUAUCAACUGGAUACAACACUUGCAGUUGCAGAAGGUUAACUUAGAACACAACAAGUUAUCUUUUCUUGAAGUCCCCUGGCUUCACUCGACAAAUCAUCCGAUAAUCAACCUUGCUAAUAACAAAAUAAGAACAGUAAGCGUAAAUAAUGUUUUGAUCAAUGAUCUUGGCAUCAAAAGUGAAGAGGCUUCAGAAAAUUAUAACAAUUUUGUUGAAACUAGGAUAGUUCUGAAUUCCAAUCCGUUUCUGUGUGAUUGUCAUCUGUUUAAAUUUUACAAGUACAUAAAAGAAAGCAACGGAUCACCCAGAUCCGUUCGAAUCGAUAACAUUCAAAAUUUAUCAUGCCACGAGCCCUUCUUCAAUCGUAAAAUAGUUUCGCUUGAGCCGCAUGAGUUCACAUGUGACCUACAGAACGAGUGUUCUAGUGCUUGCCAUUGUUAUUACAGAGCAUCAGACAAUGCGAACAUUGUUAACUGCUCAAACCAUGGGCUGAAAUAUCUACCAGAUCAUGUGCCAUCUAACACAAGUGUUUUAUAUUUCAGUGACAACCUAUUGACAAACAUGGAUGACUUUAAUCAGAAAAGAUGGGAAAAUCUUACCGAUAUCUAUUUGAAUCAUAACCUAGUAUCAAAUGUCGAUAACUGGACGAUACCAGUUCAGCUUAAGGGCAUUUCUUUGCAAGGGAAUAAACUGAGACACCUAAGCGAGCAGUUCAUGGGCUUUGUUUCGAAAGCACCUCAUUUUCACCUAGCUCUGAGUAGCAAUCCGUGGAUUUGCAACUGUUCUGCCAUGAAAUUCAAAAAGUGGCUCACGGAACACUACAAAAAGAUCGGUGAUGUACAACGCAUCACGUGUGGCAAUCGACUGAAACUGAACAACAGUCUCGUCCACACGCCUAUUCUUACAACGCCGGACGAUAUUCUCUGCCCGCUAGACAAUUGGCCGGACAAAGUUCAUCUGAUUACUGUGUCUGUUAUUUGUGGUGUACUGGCUCUGCUCUUGUUUAUAGUCAUCGUACUCUAUUAUCGCAACAAGCAAACAGUCAUCGCAUACGUUUAUAUUCAUAUGCAUCAUGUAUUCACCUGUUUUUUCAACGAAGAGGAUAUGGACGAGGAUAAAAUAUUCGAUGCUUUCGUUUCCUACAGUUGUUCCGAUCGUGAUGUCGCUAUGGAACUCAUCGAAGAACUCGAAAAGAAGGAUCCGCGGUUCAAUCUGUGCAUACACGAGAGGAACUGGAUUGCCGGAAACCAAAUAAGUUGGAACAUUUUCAACUCGGUGCACAACAGCAAAAGGACCAUCCUGGUCAUCUCCAAAGCUUUUCUGGAGAGCAUGUGGUUUCAAGUGGAGUUCCACACAGCCUACUACCAAAUGCUGGAAGACAAAAUUGACAGGCUGAUCAUCAUCGUCAAAGGUGACCUACCCCCCAAGGAGAACAUGGACAAAGAUCUCCAGUAUUUGCUCUCCACCAAAACGUAUCUGAUAUGGGAAGAGAAAUGGUUCUGGGAAAAACUGAAGUACGCUAUGCCGCACAAAAAGCAGCUCCUGCCCAAUGAUGUGCUGGCUCUUAAAGACAGACCUGACAGCGAAAAAGUCAAACCGAUCGAUAACCAAAUAGCCAUUUUAUCAUCGAGUGAUUGUAAAACCAAAGUUCAUGAUCCCAAUCGAUCCACUCUUCAUCUGGUUAAGAGUGUUAACGGAAAUUAACACAUUUUUUUUGUUCUCUCUGAAACGCCAUGUAAAUUUAUGUAUAUUGAUCUCUUGUAAAGAGUAAACUACAUUUUAGUAUAAUUGAAGUGUCAAACUAUAUCGCACCAUUUUUAGCUAUAUUACAUUAAAAACAAAACCAUCUCUGGUGCAAACCGAGGAAAUCAACUGUGACGUUAAAAUAAAUUGUUUGGCGUUUAGCUAAUUUUCACGCGAAUCAUAUUAAAAAUUUUGUCAAAAAAUUUCAGACGUAUCUGCUAAAGAUGAGAGUCCUCGCUCGACACAGGUUCAAUCAUUUAAAGUCGAAUUAUACUCCCACUUCUCACACAAUACUUCGAAGUUGUCAGACUUCAGCUUAUAAAUUUUUUAAUCAAACUAGUUACAAGAAGAAAAAAAAACACUUCAAAAAUUAAAUUUACUUUUUACUGUUUUUUUUAAGAUGCACAAUUUGAAAUUGUGGCAAUAAUUAUUUUUUUAAAAAGAAAUCCAGCCAAAUAUAUAAAUUAAUACUCCGAAACGAAGUCUCAACUUUCUUCGAGUAUUUGCCUCAUCUGAUAGUUGAGCCAAUUCUUCAGAAAAAUUGCAUGUUUUUUUAUAAAAGAAACUAAAAAAUUUUUCCCCUUUUUCUUAAAAAAAAUAAAUAAAGACAUAAUAUUUAGAUUUAUUAUUUUUUUUUAAAUUAUCCUUUUUUUUAAAUUUAAGUUAAUUUUAAGUUUUAUUCUAAGAAAUAAUAAAAGUAAAGGAAAAUUAUACAUUUAGGAUAUCUUAGUGCAAUAACACUGAAACGAUGGUUAGUGUUCGCUAAUUGCAUUAUUUAUGCUGAACAUUAUUUAUACAUGACUGUUCUACUCUAUUUUAUUAUUAUUUUUUUGAGAAAAUAACCUAUGUUCUAUUCAAUUUUAUUUAGGAUUUGAAGGAACUAAAAAAAGAAAUAUUAAUUCUUAAGGGAAAAAAACUGCUGUUGAAACAAAAGGCUUCCAUUAAUAUUCGUAACACAUCCGUAACUAUUCAUACAUAUAAUAGAGGUUUAUUAUUUAAAUAAUUGAUACAUGAAAUAUUAUAUUUAGUUGACUUCAUUUCGAAAGUAAGCCAACUUACCGCAUGCUCGUGUAAUCACUCGUUUUAAAAUGACUUUUUAAGAUUAUAUUCACUAGUUUUGCUCAUUAUUUUUUUUAAUAUACUUCAUUUUUUAAAGUUUUAAACAAAAAUAAGUUUUAGUCAUUUACUAAAUGUUUCGUUUAAAUGGUUUUUGAUCUGUGAUUCAUUAACUGCCGAGGUUUCUAACUAUUGUUAAUUUUUAGUUAAAUCAUUGUCUAUUCUUUCGGAUGAUCUUUUGUGAAAAAAUGACUAGCUGAAAUAUCACUCUUCUUACGAGAUGAAAAGAAGGUAAUUCAUUCAUAAAUCAGUCAUGAAAAACACUUAAACUUAAAAACAUAUACCAAUAACGAUUAAUAAAGUUUAUAUAAUUGCAAUUUCUUUUAUCUACAUUAUUUGUUGCCCUUCCCGGUGGCUUUGCGCUAUUAGAUUGAACAAAACACGUUUUUAGUAGUUCAUUUCAUCAAAAUAAGAAUGAACUGUUAUCAUUUGGCAUGACGGCAAUUCACAAGCCAUCCAUCAAGCGAUUUUCUCCAUUACUCGCGAGAGGCCGUAAAAAAAAAAAUCUCUCUCCAUAGUAUCUAUUAUAAAACUGCACAGCAUUGUUGUACAUUUAAUAAGCACCAAACAUACUAACAUGGGUAUCUUUACAUAUAUACUAUUCAAUAAAACUGCACCCAUUACCAUAAUAUCAGUAAUGCAGAUUAUCAAAAUUAAUUCAGCAUCCAUUAUAGUAGGACGAUUUUUGUACGUUUCUCUUAAAAAGUACAUUUUCAUCAUUCAUUUUUCUUACUUUUCAGUACAGAACUUAAUAUUUUUUAUUUCAAAUACUGUUGAUUUCAAAUUAUUUAGUUUUAUAGAAACUCGUUAGACAACAGAGAAAUAUGUAAAGAGUUUCUACUUUAAUGCUAGAGCAUAUAAAAAGUCGACGUAUUUUUUUUUCAGAGAUGGCCACAGUUUUAGCGCCAUGCUACGUCAAAAAGCAUAAUUAUGAGUUAUAUGGAUGAAUUUAUCGUUUUCUUUUAUUAAUUUGAAUUGAAUUUAUAAAGUUCUUUAUGAUAGGUCGUUCAUUUGUUUUAUUUUAGUUCCAUGAAAUGCUUUAUGUUAAUUCGUUAAGGAUGUCGUUUGUUAAUAAAUACAAAAAUACAUUUUGCUUAUUUAGCAAUUUAUUUUAUUAGCUUAUUUAGUAAUUUAUUUAAUUACUAUUUAUUUUAACUAUCUUUAUUUCUUACCAUUUUUCACGCUCUUAAAUUUAUUUCAAUGUUGAAUAAAAUUCAUAUGUGUAUAUAAAAAUAACAUACACCAUUGCUCCUUUUAAACUAAAUAAUAAUAGAAAAUAACUAUCAUUAUUAUGAUUACAAUAAAAACCAUAAUGUAUGAAUACUUAAAAUCACAAAAGUUGCUAUCAUUAAUUCCUGCAAUGUUGAUAAUAGUUUUGCAAAUGGCAACUUGUAAGCAAUUUCAUUUUGUCAAUUAUGUCAUACUCUUUUUUAAAGUCUUUUACUGAAUAGUUAUUUCAUAAUGGUUUUUCCGCGUUUGAUUUUUAUGAUGAAGAUUAAUUUUUAUGUAAAAAAAUUAAUUUUUUAUGACAGAAACUCUUUUAAAUCCUUAAAUAAAAAUAACUUUUUUUGCUGCCCGUUAUUUGUAGUGAAUCUCAAUACUCUCGCACAAUCAUUAUGUCAUGUUUUGUGUUUAUGUACUACUAUUAAUUAUGCAGUUUGGAUUAUAUUAGAUUUUAAUUUAUAGUUAUCUUCUAUUUGUAUUGUUAUGCCUCACAUUUGUAUAUAAGUUCUUUUUUUCGUAAUUCAUUGAGUAUGUAAACUGUUUAGAAAAUAUGUGUUCAUUCUUAUAUAUGCUAUGUUGAGAUUUCUUACAUUUGUUACAUAUCUACUUAUUUUAUGUAAAAGAAGAAUUUGUUUUGUGUUCAAUAAAAAAAAAAUUUAAAAAUGA